AUGACGCGCGGCAGUUCUCUAACAGAAGACUUAAAGUCAAUUUUAUUUAGUCAAGAAUAUAGUGAUAUCCAAAUCAAAUGUUCGGAUAGAAAAAUUCUGCUUGGAUGUCGUAUUCUUUUGGCCGCUCGUUGUCAAGAAUUCAACAGAAUGCUUUAUCCUUAUCGUUAUAAUGGAAUGCGUGAAACCAAUACACCUGUGAUAUCGAUAUCGUUUCCUGAAAUAUCAUCAAUUACUAUGGCAAUUGUAUUGGAAUACCUUUAUGUGGGAGAGGUCAGCAACGACAAACUAAAUGCAAAAAAUUCAAUAGACAUAUUUUACGCGGCAAAAUAUCUGCUUUUGCCCACUUUGGAGAACAUUGUUCGCAACUUUGUUAAAAAUAUGCUUGACAGUAAAAAAGACGCUAUCGAUAUUCAAAAUCAAAAUGUCGUUGAUCUUUUUUCGUCGAUAAUCGUUAAAAACGGAAAAAAGAAUUUAGAUAAAAACAAUUCUUUAAUCAAGAGCAUUUAUAAAAAAAUGAUUAGCAUCCAAAUUAGCACGAUUCAAUUUGAAAUAGUGUCUUUCGACAUGUUGUAUGUACUUUUGUCUCAAGCUCUUGACAAAGAUGAAUACUUUGCUACCGACGAAUAUGAUUUGUUUCGCUACGUGGUAUUAUGGGGAGCAAACAAAAUUUCUUCGGAAGCAUUGGCAACGUUUUCCAGAUUAUUACCUUCCUCGACGUCGGUUGAUAAAUUCUGCGAGAAGGAUGCUUUUGAUGAAUUGAAAUUCCAUAGCUUAAGAACUUCCUUGCUCGAUAAAAUUGGACAAUUGCUUCCACAUAUCAAUUUGGAAUUAAUCCCGCAAAACAUUAUCGGCUUAUUAAUUCAUCCACUAGAAAUUUUCGAGACUGAGCGGCUAUUGAAAGCAUAUCAACAUCAUGCUAUUUCUAAUAGCUCGCGCAAGAAGCGAUGCGGACAAAACUCGACGCCAAAGCAUAAUUGGUUUAAUAAAACUUGA